AUGGCUCCCGGCGCUGUAACGGAAGGGCCAAGUCUCUCCAUGAGAGAGCAGUUCCUCUUCUUUACACCGAUGAUCGCAUUCAUCACCAUUUACAUGGCUUUGUGUGCCUUCAACUUUGGCUUUGAUGUCGGCAACUUUGCAGGCGUCCAGGCCAUGCAGCGGCCAGCCUUCGCCAAGCGAUUCGGAAGAUACAAUGACGACAAAGACCUUUACGCGUUGCCUAGCUACCUUUCAUCCAUCAUGACUUCGACUCCCUUUUUUGGCAAGCUCGUUGGUGCCAUCACCUGCGGUUCUGUCUCUGAGCGCUGGGGACGAAAGAUGGCCAUCUUGAUACUUGCCUGCAUCUCACUUGUAGGAGUUACUCUACAAACGGCAGCCUUUUCAGCUGCUCAGUUCACGGUUGGCAGAGUCGUCAACUUUGCCAUGACGGGCUUUUGCAUCGUCGUCGUGCCCAUCUACCAGGCAGAGUGCUCGCCCAAGGAGCUUCGCGGGUUGAUGAACUCGACUAUCCAGAUGGUCAUCAUUUUUGGCCAAACGUCCCUACAACGUCUACGAGGCAAAUUGACAGAAAACGACAUCAGAGUUGAGAUGGCCGAGAUCCAGGCCGACCACGCUAACGCUAGUAAGGGUGAUUGGAGCGAAGUGUUUGACAGCCGUAACAGACUCCGAACCAUCACUGCCAUUAUCGCCAUGUUUGAACAGCAGAUUACUGGCCAGGCAUUCGCCAAUCAGUACUCUGCCAUUUUCUACCAGCAAAAUGGAUUUGUUAAACAGGCCUUUCUGUUUACCGUCUUGGCUAAUGUGGCCGGCGUUAUUGGCACUGCCGGCACCUGGUUUGUUGUUGACAGUUUUGGACGACGGCCUAUUCUGCUGACGGGAGGUUUCUUGAUGGGCGCAUUCCUCUAUAUCGUCGCCAUUGUGUCUAAGGUUCCAGAUCCCACGUAUGCCGCCAGACAGAUGAUGGUGGCGUCUAUGUGUCUGUUCAGUGCCAUGUACUGCGUUUCAUGGGGACCUCUAUCCUACGUUGUCUUGGGCGAAGUCACCUCAGCCCGUGUCAAGGAAAAGACGAGCUUGAUCGCUUGCAGUAUCUCCAUCCUCACAACCUUUGUCACAUCCUUCACUUUACCCUACCUGCUUAAUAGCGACUAUGCAGGUCUGGGCGGCAAGGUUGGAUUUAUUUACGGCUCAAUAUGCUUUGUUAUGACGGUUGUUGCUUUCUUGUUUGUCCCUGAGAUGAAGGAUCGCACGCUGGAGGAGGUGGACAAGCUCUUUGAGAUGAAGGUGCCACUUCGGAAGUUUAAACAGACUCGGAUUGAGGUGCUGGACCCGGAUGUCAAAGAGGCAGUGCUGCAUGGAGGGGAUGCUAAGGGUGCUAGUGUACAUCACAGCGAAGCCUAA